CAAACCAUAACAAACAUGGCGGGUCUUAAAGGUCAGUCCCGUGACUACUGAGCCUCUCCUCCCUGCCACACACUCUCUCUCACCCUCCACAGACUCAGCACUCACCACACAGCAUUUAAGACCUCUGUGCACGUGACUUCACCUCUCAGGGCUCGCCAAGACUCGCGUGAGGAGGAAAUAUUGCGACUCACGCGGGAGUGACUCAUUGCUUCUCUCUGUCAGAUUCUGUCUUCCUCUUGACUUCCUGUGUCCCGCUGCUCUCCCCUCCCCGGGACACCACCUAACACUCCACUCGCCGACAUAGCACAGCCGUCGCCAUGCAGAUGCGAGCACUGGUGACCCUUGCCUUCGCCACCACCAUUGGCCUCACCUUCCUCUUCCUGGCGUGUGCCUUGCCGCAGUACAACAACUGGUGGCCGUUCUUUGUGGUGGUGUUCUAUGUGUUGGCACCCAUACCAAGCAUCAUCGCCCGCCGGGUAUCGGAUGACACAGGCAGCAGCAACCCGUGCAAGGAGUUGGCGUACUUCAUGACAGCCGUGAUUGUUGUGUCUGCCUUUGGUCUGCCCAUUGUGCUGGCUCGCUCUCCAUGGUCUGCCCCAGUGAUCAGCUGGGGCGCGUGUGGCCUGGUGCUGGCGGGCAACGUGGUCACCUUCCUCACCAUAUGGGGCUUCUUCAUGAUUGCCGACAGUGACGACGUGGAGUACAGCAUGUGGUAGAGGGCACUGCUGGGUGGUACACUUGCUCCACCACCCUGCUGCUCCUACCCCUCUCCUCCUUCCCCCCAACCCCCCACCAGCUGUCCCAGGCACCCCAGAGGAAGUAUAUCUGUGUGCUUUGUGCGUGCUGAGUCUUACUUAAUACCAGCAGGUGUUUGGCAGCAUUUCUCUCUUUAUCCCUGGAUGCUUUCAAGUGCAUUUUCAACCUUUAUUUUAUUUCCCAGUAUCGCAUGCAGGACUGUAUUCUGAAACUCAUCUGUGUUGCACCCUCACUACUUUUGAAAGGUUCUAGUUGAAGUUACAUGGGUUUUUAAGGGUGUUUUUUUAUGGUUGUAGUGAUGGAUAAUAUUUCUACAUUAUUAACAGCAAAAACACCCUUGAGAACCCUGCUAAUCAUCCCUGUGGCCUUUGAAAAUAGUUGUGGUGAGAGAACAAAGCGUUUCAGAAUAUGGUUGUGAUAUUCUGAUACACUUUAGUUUGAUUAGCUUGGCUUUCCAGUACUCUUGUGUUCAGCAGGUAGAGAGGGCUAGGGACGUGAGGUGCCAGCAAGGGGCACCACUCAGGUUGUAUCUGUGGCCACACCUUCCCACCAGAUCCCCCUCUACCAGAUCAAGUUACUACACAGAUAACCAACCAAUGUCUUCAGCUUAUCUCAGUUCCUUGUUCCUAAAUGUCCUAGUGCAGUGAUUUCUCUCUCUGUGCAGUUAAUUCCUCAGCCCUCAUUUCUGUUUAUUCACUUUAGCAACAUGCCAGGUCAUUUCAAGAUGUCAUUUAUGCAGCCCCUUCUUUAUAUUAACAUGUACACGAACAAAGAUGGGUGUUUGAUAGACUAAGCCAUGACUUGAAUAAUCCUACAUACAUGUGAAGUUUGUGACCUAUUACAGUAGUACUUAUAACCCAGUGUUGUGGUGAGCUCCUGGGGUGCAAUGCUGUACUAUUCACUUCUCUCUGGUCUGACUAAAAUUCACCUGUUUUUAAUUCUCUCACUGAUUGGCUCAUUCUCUGUGGUUGUGACUGAGAUGCCAUCAGGAAGUGCUCAUUCCUAAACAUUGCACCAAGAUAAGCAUUUUGUUUUAUUUACUUGGCUGCUGUCAUUAAUUGGUAACCAGUGUGGAUUUCCUUCAUGACUUCUGCACUAAAGAUUCCUGUAAGCAUAUUUUGAAUGGAAGGUUGUAUCUGGGAACCAAGGUGGGUCUGUGGUGCAGCAGUCAGUUCCUGGAGUGAAGGUUGUGACCUCCAUCGUAACUCAUUGUCGUCUCUCAGUAAGGUGACUUGAGGUGGUGCCACACAAGAUUGUUAUUGCCACCCCACAACUCAGUCAGUGUGCAAUAUUUGGCACAGUGGCCCUGUGUUGUGCAGUAUACAGACAUGAACAGGUGGCAGGGAGUGCUGUGUGUGGCAUGGUGUCAAGAAUACAUAUCUCAGCAGCUGCAGAGUUUUUAAAUGUAAUUUUAUCAGGUUAUUAACAUUAAUUUUUCAUAACAGUAUUGUGCACAAUUCAAGUCAAGUUGCACCACAUCAGUGUUUCCAGCUGCAGGUGAAACAUUGAUACUGUACCUUCAUGUGCUGGACAAGACAAAGCCUGGUGAACUGUAUCAAGAAAACUUUUUACAGCAUGUUGAAUUAUUAAUUGUCACUAGGGUAUGAAAACAUGUUUUGUCGUGGCUUUGUGUGUCCUCCAGUGCACCAGCCACACUAUAAUGCAGCCAGCCAGGCACAGCGAUGAACCAAGCCUUGUUCUGUAUCACAGAAGUGCCCACAGUGAACCUUCAUGUAAGUUCAAGGCAGAAAUUAUACUUUUAACUUGGAUUUUCUGCCUUGACAAGUAUGACUCUUCCUUGAAGCACCUCAGUUACUGCACAUUUUUUUUUUUUUUUACUAGUUACAAUUGCAGAGUAUUUUCCCAGUUAAUAUUAGCUUAGAAAUAUGCAGGAUCUUACAGCCCAGGACUUCCAUAUACAUUUUCAUUUUUAAUACUUCAUUAGUCAUUAGAAAUGUGUUACGAGUGGUGAGCACAUAGGUUGUGCAGGGACUAAAUAGCAAUGUGUCGAAAUGAGUGAGCAGCAGGGAAGAAAAGUGUGUGGUGGAGUGGCAGGAGUCCUGUGGUCCUUGGCAAGGGUGCCGUGAGUGUGAGAUGUUCACUGGUGGACAUGUUGGUGCAGCAGACAGGACACAGCAUGGUGGUGAUGUGUAUAAUGCAGCCAGAAGAGUGGUAGACAAUCACACAACAAGCUUCAUCACACUCACAGCGUUGGAAAUGUUCUCUUCUCUUGUCUGUCUUUGUGUGUUCCUCGCCAUGAAAGGAAAAGUUAUUUUGUGAAAUUACCUUCACGUUGAGGCAGGAUGUGAAGCACAGCCAGGCUAGACCUCCCUCAUCCCUUAAUGUGUGUGUGUGUGCGUGUGUGGUCAGGAUAGCAGGUGGUGGAGAGGAGUGGCUGGGAAGUGAACAAGCUGCUCCUCAUAUUUCAACAAUGGUUUUGUUUCACGUCUAACGGCUAGAGCAUGUGAGAGAAUGAGCAAGAGGUUAGGCCCUUGAGCCAGUGAAUUACAAUAGGGUAGGACUUUAUUGCGUCACCUUUUUCUCUCAGUUCACAAGUGUCUUGAGGAAAUGGACAAAGGUCAACAAAGUAUGUGUGAUGUGUGCCUGGCAGUGAUUCCCUUGCCCGUUUGUUUCUGGGUGCGUGCAGCACCCACAUGCGUCCUGCACUUCAAGGCAUGCUAUUAUUCAGUGGAUCAUUUCAUAACAGAGAAACGAUAGGCAGAUAUUGAUAUAUUUUUCACUAUUUUGAGUUAUGAUUUUAUAUGUAUCACAGUGGAUAGUUAUUUCUCUUGCAUUUAGUUGUGUACUCUUUAGUUAUAUUUUAACUUCCUAUAUGUAGCUAUAUGUAUGUUCUUUGUAUUGCUUUGUUGUGAUAACUGAAUUACAGAUACAAAGGAGUCUUUUCACUACAUACACAUUGUUAGAACAUUGGUGUAACACUUUUGAUGUACCUCAACAGAGAAUUCAAUGUUUGAACACUUUUGUAGUUGUAAUCCUCGUCAACAACAGCCCCCAGCGUGUGUGCCGUCACGAGUAUUGUGCUGCGUGGCUGGGCGGCAAGUAGCAGCUUAGUGACUCAUCCUCACAGACUAACCCAGCCGUACUGUCUGUUAGUGUUCAUGUAGGGGUGUAGGGGUUGAGGCGGAGGCCGGCCAGUGGUGGCCGCCCCUCGCAGUAGGUUUUGUAAUGGUAGCAUCAAGUCUACAGUCCUGUAUAUAUAUGCUUGGCAUUCCAAAAUAUGAGUUCAUAUAGUAAUUAUAUUAGUGUACUGUAUUUGGCUUUAAUAUUUUAAUAAAUUUAUUGAUCUCUUUUAUAGUA